AUUAAUUAUUGUGAUUUCAAAAUUCGCUUGAUCACUGAAUAUAAAUUCAAACUCCCACACUUCACGCACACAUUUCUGAAAAAUUUUAGCGCCAAUAUAUCACACACAAACACACAGUACACAGAUUCAGAGAUGUCGACGGCGAAAGGAAGCUCGAAGAAGAAGAGAGCGUCGGAAGCCACGGAGCCUUCCAAAGCGAAAUCACUCAAACAGCGAGUACUCGUCGACGAUGACGACGAUGUCUUCGGGCCUGAGUUCUCUAGUGAUAUAAAAGGGAUAAUGACGGCGUUGCAGCAGAUCAAAGAGAAAGCGCAGAAAGACGGUCAGAAGAAGAACGAGGAAACUAUCUCCAGUGUAUCUUUGGAUAUCAAAGCUAAGAUUGAUGAACUGAAGUCAAAAAUAGAAAAGGAAAGGCAAAGCUUUGGCAAGGCUCUUUCAAAGAGCUCAAAAGAGUGUGAAAACUUACUGAAGAGUGAGGCUGCCAAGUUUCAAGCCCUUUGUGAUAAUUUCAACAAGGAGAAGGCUGCACAUGUCCAGGCUCUACAAGAUACCUUUUCCAAAUUUGAAGAUGAGAAGGAAAAGCUGUUCAUUCGAUAUGAACAACAGAGAAAGAAGGAAAAGGGUCUGAUAUCAGAACAGGAGAAAGCAUGUGCCAAUAGAAUUGCUGAACUAGAAGAAUCACUCAAAAAGAAGAAGCAGGAUGACAAAACAUUCAGCAUUCUCAGAAAAACUCUAGGUUCCUUUCUCGAACCUGAAUCAGAUGAUGACUUCCCAGCAGAUGACUGAAAGCUCCAAGAAGAGGCCAGGAACUUUCUGAUUCAAGUGUUUAGGACCAAGUACACCAGACCCUCACACUUUAGAUUAUGAGUUGUAUGUAUGUACAUAAAUAGAAAGAAUGCUGGCAUUUCUCAAUCAAAUGAAUCCAGAAUCAGGUUGGAUAACUUUCCAUUAAUACUGUCUUGCGCAACUAAACCUCUGGAGCUACCACUAUAUAGCAAGUCUGGCUAUCUUUCUGGUCCUUUCUUUUUAUUGCACUACUGAUGCAAUUGCAAACUUUUAGGCCUGCCGAUAAUAUUAUAGAUUACUGAAGGCUGAUUAUAUUUUUAAGCCCAAGGUUUUAAAUGUGUGCAGUGU